GCACUUUAAGAAGACAGACUUUGACAGAAGUACUCCAAAUAUUAAACUGAAACCUGGAGUCAUACCCUCUAUCUUUGAUUCCCCAUCUCAUUCACAGAUAUCCAGGUUCUAGAGGAGAUGUUUGUCCAAGACAGAAAGUUGUAUUAUUUUUCAGUAGUAAUGAUAGCUAACAUUUACAUGGCACCAAUCUCCACUGAAAGUGCUUAAAUGGUAUUAACUCAUUUAACCUAUGAGAGACACGUUGUCGACCCUGAUCUACAACGCCAGACCCAGAGAUUUCGAUUCAGUGAAUGCUGAAUUACUAUUGAAUAUUCAAAACACCUGAAGGCCAGACUUCAAUCAUUCCAUUCAGGAGCUCCUACUGGGGCAGUUAGAGGCUGAAGGAUAAAAUGUGAACUCACCCUAUGUCUGAGGCUGGGGAAAGCCCACAGUGACUCAUCGCCACAAUCUGGAUCUGUCUGAUGCUACUGCCAAGCAUAAACAGGGCGGCUGAGCACGCAGGGUGAAGUCACCUCACCGCAUAUAUAGCCAAGACACUCAGACAGUGACCAUGAUGGCUACUAGAGAAGAUAGUUUUCUGACUCUGCUGCUCUUGGCUCCUUGACAAAAGCAGAGAAGAAGUCGUAAUCCCUGAUCCAAGAUCUGUGAACAGCCUCUUCAAACUGCCGGGGUCACAAAGCCUUUAGAUAACGUCCUCCCUGUCCUGUUUGGUUUUGUUAAGUAAGUAAGCUACACAGAAGGAAGCGGUGCUGUACAUUUCCUGGACAGAUUCUUUCUCUUGCUGAGGGAGACCUAUAUACACAAGUAAUGAGAAGGCACUAAGAGGGGAAGUUUGAAGGAAUUAAAAGGAUAGUGAGGGCGUGGUUGUCCACAAUCCAACUCCAACCAAGGACAGAUGAAUGACGUUUGGCUGUCAUUACAAGAAGCUCUGGUUGACAAAUACUGUCUGGUAUUUCCUUGCUGAUUUCUUACCCUCACACCACAGGCCCUAAUCCCUGUGGUCCACUAUGCAAAUGAAAACUCCCUGAAUCAGUCUGCAGGUGACUCACCAACCCCUUUUAAGCCACGUUGGGUUCAAGGCAGUGACUGCUUGGGGUAGAAGCCAUGGCUCACAGACUCUGCUUCUCCUACUGGCUACUGGUCUGCUGGUUGGUGGUAACUGUGGCAGAAGGACAGGAAGAGGUAUUCACCCCUCCUGGAGACUCACAAAAUAAUGCAGAGCCUACAGACUGCCAGAUCUUUACACUUACCCCUCCUCCCACCACAAGGAACCCAGUGACGAGGAUCCAGCCCAUCACCAGGACACCCAGGUGUCCCUUCCAUUUUUUCCCACCACAAAGGCCCAGAGGCCACAUUAGGUUCCCAUACAGACCUUUCCUCCCUCCGAGGUGCUACCACCAUUUUCAGUUCCAUCCAUUUUUUCGGCCGCACAGUCGCCUUCCUCCUUAUUAUUAUUUCCCCAGAAGAAGACUCUGGAGAGGAAGCUCCUCUGAGGAAAGCAGAGAAAAGAGAGAAGCGCCAAACAUGCUGAAGUAAAAGAAGCCAAGGCCUCAGGAAAAAGAUUUCUGUUUUCAGUGACUAAACUAAAACUAUUGGACUGGAAAAUUAAGCAUCGGUGAUAUCUCAUUGUGGUUUUGAUCUGCAUUUCCCUGAUGAUUAGUGAUGUUGAGCCUUUUCAUGUGCCUGUUGGCCAUCUGCAUGUCUUCUUUGGAAAACUGUCUAUUCAGUUCUGCCCAUUUUUUAAUCAAGUUGUUUGUUUUUUUGAUGUUGAAUCGUAUGAAUGCUCAGGUACUUUUAUACGUAAGAAAAAAAUAAAGAAAACCACUUCUUUCCUUUUUCAAGCACA